AGCACGGUGGUACAUUUGUCAAACAUAAUCCUACUCCGUCAGCUGCCUGUUCUGUCACCAGACCGAGUGUAAACAACGUUCCACCCCGUAAGAUAAAAUGUCGGUGGAAGAAAAAAGAAGUGAUGCAUUAAGUCAUACUGAUAUGAAAACCUUUACCGAUAUGCAGACAAUUAAAGAAAAAGACGCGGACGUCAGGGAGGACAGUACAGUGCACGUGCUGGAAGAAAGCAGCGCGGACGUUGGAGUAAACAACCAAGGCGUGUUUGUCGAGCCAAGCAACAACCCCGCCACCAUAGUUCGGAAAAGACAGUGUAGCCUGCGAGGAUGUGUUAUUAUUGUUGCAGGGUGUUUAAUACACCUCACACUUGGCACGCUAUAUUCAUACGGCAACUUCAGUCCUUAUAUAAUAUCGUACAUAAGGCGACGGUCCUCCCCAAGUGAUCUCCGCUAUGUAGAUGGGAUAUGGAUACAGGCGUGUAUGAUGAUAGGCCAAGGGAUCACGAUGUUCGCCGGAGGGCUGCUCGAGAGGAAGCUCGGACCCAGAAUAACCACGCUCAUUGGAUCAUGGACCAUGAGUCUGGGAGUGAUGCUCUCCUACUUCGCGAUCCAGAGUUCCUACAUAGCUACAGUCUUCACGUACGGCGUCAUGUUCGGCAUGGGUACAGGGAUAGCGUACCCUAUACCAUUAGGCUGCGCCAUGAAGUGGUUGCCGAACUGGAGGGGACUUGUGAGCGGUUCCAUCAUUGCAGGGUUCGGAGCUGGGGCUCUGGUGUUCAACCAGGUGAUCACUGCCUAUGUCAACCCAGAAAACUACAGCCCCGAUAACAAUGGUGAUGGAGAGAACUACUUCUCCCAGGAUGUGGUGUUAGACCGGGUCCCCUACUGCUUCCUGGUGCUCGGGGGAACAUAUGCCGUGGUACAGCUACUAUCCUGUCUGCUGUUGGUUGACCCUCCUGGGGAGGCUCAGGGUGAGGUCGAAGUAAGAAGCUACAAAACUGCGGAUGAAAUGUGUAACAUCAACGAAGGAUUCUCUGGCGACGUGGAGAUGACAAAGUCAACUUCUGAACCCGCUGUUGGUCAAGCCAAAGACACUGAUGGCGCUGCUGGAGAUGUUCCACCACAGAGGGUCCUCAAGUCCAAGAACUUCUACCUCCUGUGGCUUAUAUUCCUGUUUGGCGGAGAAGGGAUUGUAUUUGUUUCUUCACAAUAUAAGAAUUACGGACAGACAUUCAUUUCUGAUGACCACUAUCUGGCAACUGUUGGGUCUGUGUCUUCAGUUUUCAAUGCAGGAGGCAGCAUUUUCUGGGGAUUCAUCAUGGAUCGCUUCUCCUUUAAGAUUGCAGCCCGGUGUAUCUAUAUUGCAUUCGCCUGCCUCAUUGCCUCGUUCCUGGGGUGUGAAUACACUGACAGGGCGAUGUUCUUCGUCUGGGUGUGCCUCAUCUUCUUUGCCUUCUCCGGCGUCUUCUCCAUCAUGCCACCUGCAAUAGCCCGGAUGUAUGGGAACACGUAUGUCGGCGUCAACUUUGGCCUUCUUUUCACAUCCCAGAUCAUUACUGGUGCUACCAGUGCCUUCCUCGGGCAAAUCCUCAAAGAUUCCAUUGGUUGGCAUGGCCUGUUCUUCCUGUCCACUGGUUUCACUGCAGCCGGUUUUAUCGUUAUAUUUUUCCUGAAAACGAAAACAACAUCGGGGGAUGAUUUCUGAAACAGAUGAGAUUUCCACAUUUUGCAUCAACCACAAGGUGGAUCUGUAUAGAGGUAUACCUACACACACAGCGGAUGACCACGCCCAGCUGAACACUGUCGUUCAUUUGCCGAUAUCACGUGAUGACCUUGUCAACGGAGCGGAGAGAUACAGAACUACUUUAGGGUGCUUUCCCAGUGUCCAACCUUACGUGAAACAGGGACGGUAUCUUCACAUGAAAGUAUCUUUAUAUUGCGCACAUCCCAACAAUAAUCCAAGUGGUUUCAAAUAGAUAGCUAAUUUCGAUCGCUUUACAUAUUUUACUACAGGUACCGCUCUACUUAACAAAUGAUAUCCCUCAUGUGCCACACUGUCAUGUAUUCCGUCGGGAAAUCCAUCCGCCCUGUCACCAACGGUUUAUCUUGCAUUAGUGUACCCCAAACCCACAUCCAGAAUACACAAAACGUUCACAUUAAUCCAUUCUCAGCAGCAAACGUGUCCGUUCUAAAUUUCUGUUUCUUGUCAGACAGUGUUUCAUCAGGUGAUGAACGUGACGGAAUACAACUUCAGCCUUAAUAUCUUCAUACACACCGAAAUUAAUUAUAGACCACUCUUAAACAACAUAACUAUCUAUAUCUUUACAAACCGUCUGGGUGAUGGAGGUAGCCUAGUGGAUAAGCGUUCGCUCGUAUGUGAAGCCCACUUCUGUGUCCCCCACCGUUAUAUUGCUGGAAUAUUCCUAAAAGCGGCGUAAAACUAAACUCACUCUCUCACUUACAAAAUGUCUGCACACAACAGCUUUCAUGAUACGGGACAGGGAGUGAGUGAGAGAAUGAGUAAGUGAAUAUAGCUUUACGCCGUUUCUAUCAAUAUUCUGGGGAGACUUUGUCUUGAAAUACACUUCACAUGCUGUACCCGCGUGGGGAAUGAAUCUGGGUGUUUGGCGUCAUGGUAGGAAGAAAACAGAACAGUGCAAGUUGUAAGGAUUGUUCCUUUGACUCCACAAAAGCAUCAUAUAAGUUUUACAGCAUUCGUCACCGAAAACACUGGACAACCUUACAACGACUAACACUGGUUCAUCACACAAAGAUUAUACUUUGUUCGUAAUGGUGCCAUUGUAUAAAUCACAUGUAUAUUGGGGUUUUAUUCACCACAGCUAUAAAAUUGGAAGUUCAAAAACUAUAUAAGGAUUUCCUUACAGGCAUGUAAACAUACAAUGUAAAUAACAAUUAAACCACAAAGUCCUGAUAUACCAGAUAUAAAUCAGCGACGUUCUGAACACCACAGUCUUCGUGUCGUUGCCAUGAUGUCACUAGGAAUGGCGCAGACUGAAGUUGUUGGACAUGCUGAUGUUCAUCGAAACACAAUAUCAUCUCUUUGGAUAUGUUAUCUAUAGCAGAGCAACGCACAUAAAAUGUCAUGGUCCGUUCGUCCUCUUGUGGCACCAUCGACAACCAUAUUUUGUUGGUGCAGCUGCUGAGUCGAUAUUAUAUUCGCCGCUGCCUUGCCUGUAUCAGCGCAAAUGGUGGUCAGAUCCGAUAUUGAGAUAAUUAAAUGAGUUAUUACACUACCCCUUUUCUGUGCUUGUCGCUGAAUCUACAGUUUUGUUUUGUCAAUGAUUAUGUUUUGAAAAAAAGCAUUGAUCAGCUGAAUCAUCAAAUAUCAUGUUGUUAUUUUAACUAGUAUGUUGUUAUCUUUAAUAACAUUGACACCCCUGUAUAUGAAGCAGAGUUAUUUCCCCGCUUGUAUAUAUUAAUAUAUAUAUAUAUAUAUACUUUGUAUCUUAUACACUUACAUAUAUCUACACGAUAUAAUGUCAUGUACAUGAUCCAUUUCUUAUAAAUAAAAGCGAAAAACUGA